CUUUGCUACUGCGUUUGCUCAGUACCCCUGGCUACGUCGCCUACCCCUUGGGUAAAACGGACUUCCCAGGAACAUGGCAGACGAAGACCUCAUCUUCCGCCUGGAAGGCGUUGAUGGCAGCCAGUCCUCCCGGGCUGGCUGUGAUGUCGACUGUGACACAGAUAGCGAUGACGAAGAAGGUUACUUCAUCUGCCCCAUCACUGAUGACCCUAGAUCCAACCAGAAUGCCAAUGCCAAGGUUAAUAACUACUACAGCAACCUAACGAAGAGUGCGCACCCUGACUCCAGUGGGUCCCCGGCGAGCUCUUUCCAUUUCAAGGAAGCCUGGAAACACGCCAUCGAGAAGGCCAAGCACAUGCCCGACCCCUGGGCUGAGUUCCACCUCGAGGACAUCACCACAGAACGGGCGACUCGGCACAGGUACAAUGCUGUCACUGGAGAGUGGCUAGAAGACGAUGUGCUGAUCAAGAUGGCAUCUCAGCCCUUCGGCCGUGGAGCGAUGAGGGAAUGCUUCAGGACGAAGAAGCUCUCCAACUUCCUGCACACCCAGCAAUGGAAGGGAGCCUCCAACUAUGUGGCAAAGCGCUACAUCGAGCCUGUGGACAGGGACGUGUACUUUGAGGAUGUGCGUCUACAGAUGGAGGCCAAGCUCUGGGGGGAAGAGUAUAAUCGGCACAAGCCCCCCAAGCAGGCCUUCAGCCACUUUACAUUUGAGCGUUCUGGCCACCAGCUAAUCGUGGUAGACAUCCAGGGCGUGGGCGACCUCUACACCGACCCGCAGAUCCACACAGAGACGGGCACUGACUUUGGAGACGGCAACCUAGGUGUCCGGGGGAUGGCUCUCUUCUUCCAUUCUCACGCCUGCAACCGGAUCUGCAAGAGCAUGGGCCUCACUCCCUUUGACCUCUCGCCACGGGAGCAGGACGCAGUGAAUCAGAACACCAAGCUGCUGCAAUCAGCCAAGACCAUCUUGAGGGGAACAGAGGAAAAGUGUGGGAGUCCCCGAGUAAGGACCCUCUCUGGGAGCCGUCCUCCCCUGCUCCUUCGCCUUUCAGAGAACUCAGGAGACGAGAACAUGAGCGACAUGACCUUUGACUCUCUCCCAUCCUCCCCGUCCUCUGCCACACCACACAGCCAGAAGCUGGACCACCUCCAUUGGCCGGUGUUCAGUGACCUUGAUAACGUGGUGCCCAGAGACCAUGACCAGCUGGACAACCACCGGGACUCUGAGAACAGUGGGGACAGUGGGUACCCCAGUGAGAAGCGGGGUGAACUGGACGACUCUGAGACUCGAGAACAUGGCCACUCCAACGGUAAUCGGAGGUACGAGUCUGACGAAGACAGCCUGGGCAGCUCCGGACGGGUCUGUGUGGAGAAGUGGAAUCUCCUGAACUCCUCCCGCCUCCACCUGCCGAGGCCUUCGGCCGUGGCCCUGGAAGUGCAAAGGCUUAAUGCUCUGGACCUUGAAAAGAAAAUCGGGAAGUCCAUUUUGGGGAAGGUGCAUCUGGCCAUGGUGCGUUACCAUGAGGGAGGGCGCUUCUGCAAGAAGGACGAGGAGUGGGACCGCGAGUCGGCCGUCUACCACCUGGAGCACGCGGCCGACCUGGGCGAGCUGGAGGCCAUCGUGGGCCUGGGACUGAUGUACUCGCAGCUGCCUCACCACAUCCUGGCCGAUGUCUCCCUAAAGGAGACAGAAGAGAAUAAAACAAAAGGAUUCGAUUACCUGUUGAAGGCGGCUGAAGCUGGCGACAGACAGUCCAUGAUCCUGGUGGCACGAGCUUUUGACACCGGCCAGAACCUCAGCCCAGACAGGUGCCAAGACUGGCAGGAGGCCCUGCACUGGUACAACACUGCUCUGGAGAUGACAGACUGUGAUGAGGGCGGCGAGUACGACGGGAUGCAGGACGAGCCCCGGUACACGCUGCUGGCCAGGGAGGCCGAGAUGCUGUUCACGGGCGGCUGUGGGCUGAAGAAGGACCCGCAGAGAUCAGGGGACUUGUACACCCAGGCCGCUGAGGCAGCGAUGGAAGCCAUGAAGGGCCGGCUGGCCACCAAGUACUACCAGAAGGCAGAGGAGGCCUGGGCCCAGAUGGAGGAAUGACUUGCUGGGAAAUCGUGGCCAGCUAAUCCCAAGCAAAAGGGCUAUGAGAAAGAAAAAAAAAAAAAAAAAAAGAAUAACUUGUUUAGUUUGGGGAGAGGAGGCAUUUUUAGUAUGCAGUGUGUUGUAAAUUGGCUUUUGUAUUUCAUUUUUUGACUCUUGAAAAUGUCUUUGCUACUUGCAUACUUGCAAAGAUACUAUAGCUGUCCUUUAGGGCAGUAUUUUAGGGGAGUGGGGAUUGGAAAAGCAGCAUAGUGAACUAGUCUAUCAUUUUGAGGUUCUGUUUUUAUUUUUCUUUCUUUUUUUUUUUUUUUGGUCAUGAGAUAUAAGAGAGUACUUUUCUACCUUGGAUGGACAAUAUUAGAACUCUUACUCACCAGCCUUUUCAGGCUGGACUGAAAUCUCAGGCCCACAGAGCCCUGUGUUUGAUGCAUCGGGGUGGGAAUGUAGCACUUCGUGUUAACGUUGUAUGGGGUGUGUUGUCGUGACUUAGUGCAAAGCCUUCUUAGAGCAGUUGGAAGCGUGCACAGCAUUGUUCGGUGGAUGUGAGGUCGUACGACACUCAGGACCCCUGCUACUGUGGGAGAGGGCCUUGCACGCCGACUGAUUUCUAACCUUUCAUUUCCUCCCACAAUGCAACAGAGUUUCUGGAACCCAGCCAAAUCGCAUUUUCAAGCAUGCCUUCCACAGUGGGCUUUACGAACCAGGUCGGGCUUCUGUACGCACACGUUUACUACCUCUAGCUCCUGUGUCAGCUUGUGGAAGAGGGCGCCCUCCAUGCCUCAGGUGUCAGGACAGUGACAUGGAGGGUUGGGGCCUUUCCUCCAGGCAGGCCUGUGCUCUGCAUCUCAGUGGCAGCAUCCACAGUGUGACUGAAGCGUCCCUUCUAUAGUGAUCCUUGGCGUGUUUGUAGCAUCUGGUGUUCUUCUGCAGAAUCUGCUCUCCAACCUGUCCUUCGUGUUUUCUUCUUGAAGCUAGGCCGAUCUUCUCUGCAUCUGCAGCAGGAUGUUUUCAGCAGCUGCCCCUGGAGAUGUUAUCUAAGAUGUCUGAGAAAUGAGAGGGCAGGAACUAUAAACACUCAUUAAUUCCUCUAGUGUCCCCAGGGCCAGACUGUGGUUGUCUUUAUUUAAUGAGAUCUCCCUUUAAACAGAGGUUGGGUUUCACCUUAGUAUGAUUUCAUUUGAUGUUGCAAAUAGCAAAGAAAGCAGACUGUUUUGAUUGACGGACCCCAAAUGCAAAAGGAACCUUCCAUUUUUGUGUAAAAAAAAAAAAAAAAAAACAUAAAGCAGGACAUAACAUACAAACCGUUGUAAUCUGGUCACUAAAACAGGUCCUUCAACACUUCAGUAUUGAGUACUGUGGAGUCUUGAACCUGUGAGAGCAAUAGGUUCCUUCAAAGAAAAAUCAAGUAGUGUAAAAAGUACCCUUGAUGGCCAACCUGUACUCUAGGGGCUAAGGGAGCUGGAUCCCACAUUGCCAACCACAGUUCAAAUCCCAGCAUUGGCUGCUUGAAAAACAGUGUAGACAAGCCCAGAAUCCUGAUUGGAUGGAGAAAGAGAGAAGGGACUCGAGCAUGACCACACCCCAUUGGGAAGUGUUUUCUCUCUCUCCCUCUCUCUCUCUAAUGAAUACAUGCACCUUUUGGCCAUUACAAAAAAAGUACCCAUGAAAAAUCCCUUAGACCCCCUGUGAAUGACAGUGUCCCUGGUAUUUGCGUGUGGACUCACCACAGCGAGUUUUCCUUUAGAAGUUGGAACCGCUCACCCUUUUCCAUCUGUACCUGCUCAGUAGUUGGCUUGUGUGAAGUUGUGUGUAUUUUAAAUCAGUACAUAAACUUAAAUUGCACAUGCGAAACAUAAAUAAGAAAUUCAUUGUGACUUAGCUCUUUAAAGUAAUCAAGCCUCCCGUAAGGCAUGCUUCUAUUUGAGGAUGUUAAUUCAGCCAGCCUCCUCCCUCUCUGAGAUUCUACAAAUUAGCUGUGUUCCCUUACCCAUCUGUCUAAUUCCUCUGUUAGAUGUCAGCUCCUCUCUAGCAGGGAUGCGCGGACCUUCCUGUGAAGACCUGAGAGUAAAGAUUUUAGGUCUGGCCUGGCCUCUGUUGCAGCCACUCAGCCCUGCUGUCGUAGGGCAGAUGCAGCCAGAGGACACGUAAACAAGUGUGAGCAGUAUGCCAGUAAAACUUGAUAAAAGCAGGUGGUCCUCUGGGGCUGUAGUGUAUCCACCUCUGUCUGACCCUUGACUGAGAGCUGCUUUAACUGCUGAGGGCAGGAGCUAUCUCAGCUCUAUGGCCUCCAGUGCUCAAAAAGACAGUGCCUUAUGUUUUUGGAGUGGGCGCUCCAUAAGCAUGUUAACAACUGGAGAGCCAGCUGUAGUCACUGCUGUCACUCUUGGGAGCUCUGGUUCCUCCGCCCAAUUGCCAAUUCAUUGUCUCGAUUGACCUGAACCAUCACCCCCUCAAUUCCACCACCACCCACCCACAUAGCCUUACUGUCAGUAGCUGGUCCCCAUCUUCCUCAGGAGGCUGUGAUCGCCUGAAUGUCCAGCCAGCAGAUGCUUCUUAAAGGACCACCGAGAGUAAACAAUGAACUUGCCAGAUGUUGAGAUCCUUCUGAGCCAACAGAAGAACUUAUUUCACCCUCAAAACCUAGUUUUGUGCCUUCUAAACCUGGUAAGGCAGCUUUUUCCACAAAGGCUGGGCAUAUUAUUGAAAGAAAAACAGACAGAACUUGUCUGCCUAACUGGGAAGACAUCAGACACUAUCUUCGAGAGCGAGCAGCAGCUGAAAGUCCAGAUUAGCAGAGCUGGCAUUACCAUUAUCAGUCAUCCGGUCCCUCCACUUCACAGAUGGGGAAACCGAGGUCCUGAAAGGCAGAGUCUUCCACAGCGAUGCUGCUAGUAAGAGGCUAGGCUGCAGCUAGGGUUGGUGAGUUGCUGUCAUUUGAAGGCUCCUGGGAAUAAAACUAA